GAACUGCAAGUUCGCCAAGUCAAUCGAAGCGGACGCAGACGCUGAACUGUGCAAUUGGCAAAGGCAGCGACCGACUGAGGCAGCCGCUGCGAUUGCUUGGGGGGCGAUAGCGCACAGCCUCCGCACAUCAGUUGCUCGAGGCACACGCAGUUGUUUGGGUUAUCUCUGAGUAGCUCUGUCUAUCUAUCAAGCAAGCGGCAUGGAGAGUUUCUACUGGCGCAAUAAGGUGGCGGUCAUCACGGGCGCUUCGGUGGGCAUUGGCGCUAGCAUAGCUCUGACUCUGGCCAAUGCGGGCAUGGUGGUGGUGGGUCUGGCCAGGCGCGUUGAGCUCAUUGAGGCUCUGAGCGCUCAAGUAACGGGCGAGGGUAAGAUCUUUGCGCGUCAAUGUGACCUCAGCGAUGAUGAACAACUUAUCAGCACCUUCAACUGGAUACGCGAGCGUUUCUUUUGCAUCCAUGUGCUCAUCUGUAACGCGGGCAUACUUAAGGCUAACUUUUUGAGCGAAUCGCCCACCAAGGACAUAAAGGAAUUGUUCGAUUUGAAUGUUGUGGCCACAGCGAGCUGUUUGCGAGAGACCUUAAAGCAUAUGGCUGCAAUAAAGGUGCGCUGUCAUAUUAUCGUUAUAAAUAGCGUGCUGGGGCAUCGCAUACCGGAUGUGCCUGUGCCCUUAUUCAGCGUUUAUCCGGCCACGAAGCAUGCAAUUACAGCACUUUGCCAGACGGUGCGCCAGGAAAUACAUUUUCUCAAAUUAAAUAUUAAAUUAACGAGCAUCUGCCCCGGCAUGGUGGACACAGAUUUUCUGAAUGUUUACUCACAGGCUGUCGAUGCAUUGCCCAAACUCCAGCCAGAGGAUGUGGCCAAGGCAGUUCUAUAUGCCCUCGACACUCCCGACGGUGUACAGGUGGAGGAUAUUAUUCUGCAGAAGAUGCGAAAUGUUGAAUAAAGCAAAAUCAGUUUAAAUUACAAAACAAUAUUCACUAAAUAUUCCACAGUUGUCUAUACUAUAUUACUCUUGGUAUAAUGAAACAAUAAGCAAUCACUUCAUUAAA